AUGUGUUUAAAGGUAAAUUAUUUUAUAAUAUAAUUUAUCUGUAUACAGUAUUAAUAAAGUUGAAUAUUUAUUUUUAUUUUCCAGAAAAUAUUCAAAAUGAGUGGGUUGAAUAUUCGAUGGUAUAACUCCAGACCUAAAAAUGCUAUGGUCGGUGUUGUUAAAAUUGGUUAUUUAAAAAAAAAUAAAAGUACAAAAAAAAAGUUUUUUGUUCUUCGAGAACUAACAGCUUUUGGUGGACCUGCGUGUCUUGAAUAUUAUGAUACUGAAAAAAAAUGGAGAAACAAUGGAUCACCUAACAAGUACCCUACUGCUUAAUUAUAUAAUAUGAAUUAUAAAUUGAUUUACUAAAAAUUUCUGUUACAGAGUAAUUGUGUUAAAGGCCUGCUUCAAUAUCACUAAGCGUGUAGAUUCACGCACUAAAAAGACUAUAAUAAGGAUAAACACUUCACACAAUAAUUUUUCCAUACUAUUUGAUACUGAUACUGAGCUCGAUGAAUGGUUGGAUCUAAUGUUAGUUUUACAACGAGUUAAUAAAAAUUAUGGACAUAUUGAUUCAAUUAAAGAACCUCUUGGUACUACAUAUUAUGCAUAUUUGCUAUUCUACAGAUAAAUCUAAUUUAGUUUGCUUUUUUUCAGAACAUAUAUGGCAUGUCGUUAUAAUGAAUAAGGGGUUAGGAAAUAAUGCAAAGUUAUUAGGCAUGACUGGACUUUGUUUGUGUGACAAAACAAUGUCUAUAAUGAAGUAUCCAACUAGAUCAAAAUUACAAACAACUAUCGAUAUAAACGUUAGUAUUUAUUUGUGUUUUUGCCUAGUAGUCCUUACUUUAUUUCUGUAGGUUAAUAAAAAGAAAAAAAAUGAUUUUAUUUAGUUGUCGAGUAUUCGACGUUCUGGAGCUUUGGGAACAGUUUUUUAUAUGGAAGUAGGACAAAGUUCUCCCUUCGGUCCUGGUCAAUUAUGGCUGGAUGCAUUGAGUUCUCAAAUAGCAAAAAGUAUUCAUGGAAUUUUAAUGGGUGCAACAAGUCAAAGUUCAACAAAUCACGACCAGCCGAAAGUCAGAGCGAGGUCAUCAUCAUUUAAUGAAGGAUCACGUCUUAUGAACUGUUCGUCUAAACAACGUUCUAGUUUUUACGGUAUGUUUUUACAAAAAUUAUUAAAUAAAGUUUAUAUAAUAUAAUUUUACUCUAAAAUAACAUUUUAGAUGAAAAUAAUCCUGGCCUUCAGUAUAAAAAUAAUAGUCAAAGUUUCUCAACAUUAAAUAAUGGCAAUUUUGAUUUAUCACGCACAGGUAAAUUAAUUAAGAUAUUAAUAUCUUAAUUUACUUGCAUUGAGACUAUUAGAAUGUACAAAUAACAUUAUAAUACCAUGUAGUAUUGACAUAUUCAACUUCAGUCUACUGACUUAUUUGUAUACGACCCCCGCCUUAUUGAAAAAUAUGAAUUGUGGUAUUAAUAUUAUGUUUUGUGUGUCUAAAUGAUUUUUGAGAGAAAAAUAAAAGGGGUGAGGUUUUUUUUGCUCACCAAAAGAUUUAUGGGGUUCUUCCUUCUUCCAGACUUAUUUUUAGAUUCUUUAGCCCAAUUUAUACUUUGAGUAGGAAAUGCCUGAUAUAGUACCUUCAAUGUAGUGUAUAACAUGUUAUAAUAGUAUUGUAAAUUGAAAACUUUGAAUUUUUUUGUAAAUUAUGAAAAUAAAAUCUAUUCCUACUAUAUGUUUUAUUUAUUAAAAAGUAAAUUUUUAUAAUUACAUAUUUUUUCGUAUAGCAUAAAUAUUUAAAAUGUCUUUAUCUAUAGACAUGUUAGAUUUGUUGAGCCCUGGACAAUGCUGUAGUAUAACUGUAUUAGUAUUGGUGUGUACUAAGCUAACCUAUAUAAUAAUAUAUCGUGGGCCCAUCAAAACCAAAACAAGUGUUGGGCUCUAGACUUAUGUCCCAUUUGUCCUCCCCUUGUGCCAGCAUUGUCUAUAGUACUGAAUGAAAAUAUAAUCUAGUAUGAAAAUAGGAAUAAUAUUUUGUUUCACUACCAUUAGUGCUUGAAAACCAGUCUGAAUAUAUUGUAGAUUCCUAUUUCAUAAAAAGGUGCUGUAAAAUUAAAAUGGUUCUAUAAUAUUUGCUAAAUACUUAAAAGAAUUAGUGAAUUGCUAUUUAAUGUUCACCAUGGUUAACAAAUAAAUUAAAUCAUAAAUAUUUGAAUUUAACGAUUGAUAAUAGACUCCUUCUCACCAAAAAAUUCAGUGCGCCAAUUUUUUUUCCACCAUUGAGUACACCUUUACAUUUUAUUUUGUAUUUCAGUUUGUUUAAAGUCUGAAAUUUAAUACCUGAGAUAAUUAACAUUGUUAAUAUUUAUCUGUAACUUUUAUAGAUAGAUAAUCAGAUCUAUUAGUUGCAGGUUCUAUAAAUGAUAAUAUAUGUAUAAUGUAUAGUAAUCUAUUACCAUUAUUGAGAACCAGUUCUAGUAAUACCUAAUGUUAUUGACAAAUCUGUAUUUGUGCUAAUGGAUUUUUAAGUUGCUGUAGAUUGUGUACACAAUCUAUUCUAAGUAUUACAAUUGGAAAUUUAUUUUGAAUUUUUACUAUUCUUGCUUAAAAUUGGUAAUUUUUUUACGAAGAUAACAAGAUCAAUUUCAGCAUUAAACAAUAUAAAUUUUUUAGUUUUUCGACUUAAUAAUUAAACUUAUAUAAACACCAAUAAUUUGUAUUGUGUAAACUUGUUAAAUAUUUUGUUUUGUUUUUUAUAAUACAUCACUUUUAAUAUAGUGUUAUUAUUUGAUUGACAAUUGUGAUUUUUGGUAUGUAAUAUGAUGAGAAUAUGAAAAUAUAAAAAUAUUUUUUAUGUUAUGGGAAUCUAAUCAUUUUGUUUUCAAUAAAUUAAGCAUAGUUUUUCAAUACUAGAGUAGAUUAUCAAAAUUAUUUUAAUUAAAUGUGAUUUUAUAACAACUUAGUAUAUAGAGUGAUUUUUAAUAUGAACCAGCAAUUAUCUCUGAGGAUUUUAAGUGAAUUUGAUUUCUGUUUUUUCUGAUCAUUAUGGAAUCAUUUAAGCUUUAUUUUAAAACCAUUUUUAAUUUUUACCCCUACCCCAUAUACCUUAAUUAAGUGCAUUCUUUUGAUUUUAAAAUUGGAAUCCCUCCUCUUGAAUGAACACAAUAUUUGAAUAAAGAAUAUUUUUCUAGAAAUUUUGAUAUGCAUCCUACUAAUAUCAGAUUUACAAUUUAUGAUUUAUACCAGUUUAAAGUUUAGACCAGAGGAGUAGGGAAGGGAAUAAAUUGCCUAUCUGUAACCCUUCUCUUCUCCUUCGGUCUAAACUUUAAACUGAUAUAAACCAUAAAUGGUAAAUCUGAUAUUUGUAUGAUGCAUAUCAAAAUGUCUAGAAAAAUAUUCUCUAUUCAAAUCUGUUUUCAAAAGGGGGGGGAGUUCCUAUUUGAAAAUUAAAAAGGGUUUAAAAUAAAGCUUAAUUGAUUCCAAUAAUGAUUAAAAAAAACAGAAAUCAAAGUCUCUUAAAAUCCUCGGAGAUAAUUGCUAGUUCAUAAUAAAAAAAAUCACCCUGUAUAAUAUGAUAAAUUAUUUUUAUUCAGAAAUUAUUUUAUAACAAAAAAUGAUAAUUUUAGUUAUUACUAGCAAGGUUUUAGUAUGUAUAUUUGUUUUCACCAAUACAGUGAAAAUGUUCUAAAACUUAUUAAAAAAUGUGUAUAAUACAUUUGCUUAAUAGUAAUUGGGUACAAAUAAUAUUUAAAACCUAUUAAAAUUAAAGUAUUUUUCAAGUAGUUUUUAGAAAAUUUGUAUACAAAAUAUAGUAAAAUUAUUUUAUUAGAUAUUAAGAAAUGUAAUUAGCAUUCGAAUAUUCAGUAUUAAGUUUUUAAUAAAACUACUUGAAAAAUGUAUGUAUGUGUGUUAUCAAUAUUAACCUGUAAAUAUUUAAUAUAUAUCUAUUUUAGUGUUUUAGUAUUAACUUGAUGAUAAUAUUGUUAAAAAAUAUAAUAAAUUAAAAUUGUAAUAUAUUUAGUUAUUGCUUAAAAUAAUAUAUGUGAAUAACACAGAUAGCGAAUUCAUGUUAUUAUGUAUAUGCACAUACUAAUUUUCCAUUCUUCUGUACAUGGGCUUUGAUUUCAUGUGCAUAUUAAUUCAUAUUUAUUACACAGAUCUUUAUAAUAUACAACAUUUUUAUAAUAAUUGAAUGCGCCCAAAAUAUAGUAUUGCAAAGUAAUGUAGUAGUAUAGAGUUGUAAUUUAAACAAUUAAUUUGUGAAUUUGUAGUUGUUUUUUUGUUGGUAGAAAUUAUAUAAUCUUAGUUAAUUUAAUGUGAAAUAAUUAUUUUCUAAAUUUAAUAUAACUAAACACCACCCAACUAUCUACCAAAAUACAAUUCUCUUCUAUCUUUGCAAAGUAUUAGAUAUUUUAAAAUUAUUUAGUGUCAUACAUUUAAGUUAAAUUAUUAUAAUAAUAUAAAUAAUACAAAUAAUUAAACAAUUUCCAAUUUGUAGCUUUUUAAAAUGUAUAAAACCAAUUUAAACAUAUUGAGAAAAUAAGAAAUGUAUAAUACUUUUAUUCAUAUUUGUUUGCAAUGAUUUAUCAUUGCAAACACAAUACCUUGUGAAGUUGGGUACUUUGAAAUUUUUAUCAAGUUCCGUUAUAUAAAUUGUUGCAUUAAAUAUAUAAUAUAUUAUAUUAUAAAUAAUGCAAUUUUACUAAAAAAGCUGAGAUUAUUUUAUUUCUUUUUUUCAGGAUCAGUCAGAGAACGUUGUGACAGUAUGCCAUUGCGACCACGUGCUAUUAGUGAAAAUUAUUCAACACAUUCUUAUAAUGGAAUUUUAUCUCCAAGGCAGUCUUUUCAUAGACGUUGUAAUUGUGUUUCUGCUUCAUCAUCAAUAUCAGGGUAGGUUAUUUGUAUACAUUAUAUUAUAAAAUUAUUAAAACAAAAAUGUGCUAAUUUUAGGUUUAGUGACUCUGGGUUGAGUACCUGGGACACAUCACUUUCAAAGUUGACUGAUACUACUGAUGGAAAUUCUUCUUGUUACACAAAUUUUAACAAUCAACAAACUGCAAUACUGGAGGAAAAUCAUGAAGAUUUUGUUUCUUGUAGACCAUUAGAUAAAGGUAUUUUUUUUCAUAUAAUAUAUUAAGUAUAUAGAGUAGUUUUAUAUUAAAUGAUGACCUACUUAUAUAUUUUUUUCCUCAGAAGAAGAUUUGUUGAGACAAACCACUGACAGUAAUGUUAAUAACAAUAUUAACCUAAUUAACAACAAUUUUGGUGGUAAUAGAUCAAGUUCUUCUUCACAGGUUAGUUUUAUUUUUCUUUAAUGUUUUUGCUUUUAUAAUUUGUAACCAAAUCACAUAAUAAUUAUUAAUAUUAUUAUCAUCUUAUAAGAACAAAGUAUGCAAAUAGUAGAUAAUUAGACCAUCUUAUUUUUAUUAAAAAUAUAGAUCAAAUAGAUCCAUAAAGUUUCAUAAUUUUUCAUUAUUCAUAUUUUUAUUUAAUAGGCAGGUUCCUGUUGUGACUCAAAUAGUCCAUAUGGUUCACCAACCAAUGGGGAUGAACACCCGUAUACUUUGCUAGACCCUAGUAAGUAUUCACCUUUUUCUAAUCAUAACUAUUUUCGAAAAUUUAUUAACUGUCUACAUUAGGUAUAGCUGGAACAUCUCCACCAACCGAUGGGUAUUUACCAAUGAAACCAGGAUCAAAAUGCACACAUUAUAAUAACUACACCUUGAUGGAAGGACAAAAUAGUUCUAAACAAGGUAAUUAAUAUGUUCAAUUAUUUCUAUAAUUGUUUUAUAUAUUUGUUAGAAAUUAUUCACUAUUUUGGUUAGGUAUUGUUGAGUAAGUAUUACAUUUACACUUAUUUUUAUUCAAAUUAUAUACAAUUUGGUAACUAUUUAAACUUACGUCCACAAAAUGUGUGUUAAAUAUUUCUUUUUCAUAAAUAGUUUUUUAAUUUUUACAAUUAAUAUUAUUAAAUAGAUACACUUCCUAAGACACAAGUGGAAUUAGUCGAAGGUUAUGUUCCUAUGGCUCCAGUGAAUAAAAUAUCCUCCGAAUAUGUGCCAAUGGAAUGUACAAAACAAGAAUCUAUUAAAUCUGGAACACCUUCUACAGAUACACGCUUUUCCUCUAUACAUUUAGAUAGAGUUUGUUCAAUGCUAGCUCCACUUGAGGAUGAAGAACCUAUUAGGGCUACUAGAGCCUAUUCUGUUGGUUCUAAAGAUGGUUUAAGAGAAAAAAUUGACAAGUACUUAUCGUUUAUAUAAUGUGAAAUAUAUUUAUAAGCUAAUAUAUUUGAGUUGAAAAAUACCAUGUAAUAUCUUUUAGAAUAAAUGCUGAUCGAGCUAGAACACGUGCAUUUUCAGUUGGCAGCCGAGGUCAAUUACCCCCUUCUGGAUUAAAUCAUAAUGAUAAUCAAUCUGGUGAUUCAACUAGUGUGUCUGAGCAAAGCGAUAGUGGCAAUCACAUGGAAAUAAAUUUCAGUUGUAAUUCAAAGUUACGACGUAAUUAUAAAGCAACUUAUCGCUCAUUAUCUGCUCAAGCGCCAGCAGAUUCAUCACCUAAACUCUGCCCUUCUCCUGAUUCAUGUACACACAGAUCAUCUGGUCGUUCCCCUCCAAAGUCUAUAGCAUCUAUAGCAACUUCUGUGGAUAAUAAAAGAACAUUAUCUGGAGCUGUACAUGGUAUUUCUAGAUCACCUCCGUCAUCACAUACAUAUUUGUCACCUACAUUAGAAAGGGUUUCUGAGGUGCCUGGGGUUGAAGUAUUUGAUAAUUAUACGUUAAUGAAACCUGUCCAAGGAUUGUUUCCUAAUGAAAAGUAUGUUAAAACAAAAACAGUAUUUUCAUAGUUAGUAACAACAUAAUAAAAACAAUAAAUACAAAUAAUUAGUAUAUUUAAGCAAAUUUUAUUAAUUUAAUUAUAUAUUAAAAUUCACAUAAGAAUAUAAUUGUAAAAUUAUAAUCCAUAGUGCUAAAACCAAGUUUUAAAUGAUGAUAUUUUACUACAACUAAUCCAGUAUUAUUUGACAUCUUUCUUACCCAGACUUUUAGUGGUCUUGACAAAAAGAUAGUUUAUUUAAAUGUAUUUAUCUACUUAUGCAAACAGUAAUAUUUAUCCCCGGUAUCCCAUAAACCAUCAUUUCAGAUACUAAAGUCAAUAAGUAUUCUAAAUAAAAUUACACUGUUAAUUUGUGCUUAUUCAGAAUCUAUUGUUUUUCUUUACAAUGGUAUCUCCCAUACCACAAAAAUCAUUUAAUUUAAAAUCAAAAAUGUUCUUCGUAUAUUUACACAUUGUUUUCUGUGAUAAUUUAUAAUUCAUGUAUAUUUAUUUUCAAUUUAAAAAAUGAUCACAAUCUGAAUUUAGAUUUCUAGACAUUUCAUUGAUAUUUCACCAAGAAAUAUAAAUAUAUACGAUAAAUAUACUAUGAGAACCGAAAACUUGAAAGAAUUCUUUUUUGAACUUUGUAAAAACUGAUAUUGAUAAAAAAAUUUAUUAUUUACAUGAGCGAUAACAUAUCUCAUAUUAAUUGUAUUACCUGAAGUAAUAAUAUGUCCUUUAAUAAAAACUGAUUAAAAUAAAUAAAUUAUUAAAAUCAGUAUACCCAUACAAGAAAAAAAAAAAAUAUAAAAAUCAGAAUGAUUAUUGCAUAGAUAUUACUAUUAAUGAUAUUGAUUGGUCACUCCUAUGAUUGAUAUAUUGCGGGCAUUUUCACUUACAACAGCUCCCAUCAUCAGUAUCGGUUCUUUUUUUUUUUUUAAUAUCUAUGUUAUUUAUUAGUUUUUUUUUUGUCCUACUGUUAACAGUUAAAUGCUCAUAAUAUAAAUGUGUCUAUUAAAUAAAAAUGAUAAUAUAUCAUAUUAUUUAAGUUACUUAAUUGAUUUAUUUUUUGCCAUAUACUAUUUUCAUUUAUGUUCUUUGUAGUGUGAGUCCAGUGUUGGAAGAAUCGAGUAAAAGGAAUUAUGUAAAUGUAUGGGAAGCAGCAAGUAAUAGUUUUCCACUUAUGAAAAUUAUUGGUGGACUAAAUUGGAAAAAGAAUAAGAAGCGUAGUGCAAUGCCAGUUCAACUAAAUAUGUCCAAUAAUGAAGGAAUUGAUGAAGUAGAUUGUUAUACAACUAUUAGGCCAGGUGUCCAUACAAUACCACUGCGAUCAGAUCAAAAUAAUAGUAAAUUGCCCACUGACGCAUUGUUAAAUGUUCUUCAAGAUGAAUUAGCAGAUCUAGUAUUGUCGGAUCAACCUAUUGACAUCUAUAAUUCUAAGAAUUGCCAUCAGUCUGAAAACUCUGUUUCUUCACUGGAUGGGUAA